AUGAACAGAUUCAUGUGCAGAAUUAAAUGGAAAAAACACGAGAGGAGAGAAAAACACAGGGGGAAACAAUAUGGAGAAAUUGAAAAAUAG